AUGAUGCAGAUCGUUCCCCUGCGACCAGACUUCCUCAUCACCAUCGAAAUUUACUGCAUGACUGUCGGAGACUCCGACUCCAUCUCGGAGGCCAGUGUGAGUUCGCUCGCCGGUGAC